AUGGAAAUCGAACUCCAGUCCAAGAGCCACGUCUCGGCCACCCGCGAGAUGGACGCCAAAUCCAUGGACAGCGACGAGCGCGACCGCGCGCAGCUCAUGCGUCUGGGCAAGCGGCCAGUCUUGAAGCGAACGUACGGCUUCAUGUCCAUUCUCGGCUUCACCACCACCAUCCUCGUCACCUGGGAGGGCGUCCUCCUUGUGUUCGACAUUGGUCUUGUCAAUGGCGGUCCUGCCGGAAUGAUCUACAUGUACCUGUUCGCCUGGCUGGGUGCCUGGUGUACCUUUGCCUCUCUCUGCGAACUGGCUUCAAUGGCCCCCAUCUCCUCCGGACAGUAUUACUGGGUCGCCAUGCUUUCCCCCCCCUCGUGCCAGCGCUUUCUCUCCUAUCUGACCGGCUGGAUGACCACCGUCGGAUGGCAGGCUCUGGUCGCGUCGACGGGCUACAUCUCCGGCACCCUGAUCCAGACAUUGGUGAUCAUCACGGUGCCCGGCUACGAAGCCACCAGCUGGCAGGGCACGCUGAUCAUCUUCGCUGUGCUGCUGUUCGGUUUUGCCAUCAACACCGCCGCCCGCCGGCUGCUGCCCACCCUCGAAGGCCCCGUGCUGUGCAUCCACAUCCUGGCCUUCUUCGGCGUGCUGGUGCCCCUGUGCGUGCUGAGCUCCAAGCGCGACUCGUCAGAGGUCUGGGCUUUGUUCAUCAACCAGGGCGGCUGGUCCACGCAAGGUCUGUCGACGAUGAUCGGCCUGCUCAUGUCCAUCUUUUUAUUCACAGGAGUCGACGGUGCCAUCCACAUGUCCGAGGAGAUUCGUAACGCGGCGGUCGUCGUGCCUCGUUCCAUCAUGGCCAGUAUGGGCAUCAAUGGCGCGUUUGGCUUCGGUAUCCUUCUCGCCGCGCUGUAUGCCACCGCCAACAUCGACGACACCCUCGCCAGUCCCGCCGGAGAAGCAGGAUAUCCGUUUCUCGACAUCUUGCAGAAGGGCAUCGGCUCUCUCCGCGGGGCUGUCGCCAUGGGCUCUAUCAUCACUUUCAUGCAGACCUUUGGUAACGUCGCCGACAUGGCCGCCGCCUCGCGCAUGUGGUGGUCCUUUGCUAGAGACAAGGCUGUUCCAGGAUGGCGCUUUUUCGUUAAGCUCGACUCACGCACUUCCCUUCCCGUCCGGUGCAUCCUCUUCACCAUCGUCGUCUCCGCCCUCCUCUCCCUCAUCAACAUCGGAAGCAGCACCGCCUUCAACGACGUCGUCUCCCUCGUCACAUCAGGCUAUUACUCCUCUUACCUCAUGGCGAGCGGGCUCCUCCUCUACCGCCGUCUCACGGGCGCCAUUUCCGUCCCGGGCGCUGAUGAUUCCCCCUACGAGCCUGUCAAUAACGUCGGCCGUCGCCUCGUCUGGGGACCGUGGAGGAUCCCGGGUGUGAUGGGUGUGCUUAUCAACGCCUUUUCAGUCGUGUACCUUACUGUCGCGCUGUUCUGGUCCUUCUGGCCGUCAUAUUACCCCGUUACCCCCGUGAACAUGAACUAUAAUGUUCUUAUCAUCGGGGCGGUGCUGUUGUUUUCGGUCCUGUAUUACAUUUUCCAUGCGCGAAAGGAGUACACGGGUCCUAUUGUCGAGACCACUGCGGCGGAUAUUUAG